AUGAGUCUCUAUGAGCAGGCCACCGGCCUCUUCGUCUUCUUUACUGUCCUGACCACCAUCACCCUUGGGCUUCGGCUCUUUGCCGGCUUGAUUCUUUGGGUGGGGCUCGCCUGGAAGUCCAUGACAUAUGAGUUCAACUCACCUGAGUUCAUAAAGUAUGCAUCGGCCAAGAACGACGUCUGCUACAUCAUCAGCGGCACGGUCAAGAUCAGCGUGGCCCUUGUACUGUACCGGCUAGACAGCCGCCUGUUCAUCCGCGUCAUCCUCAUCACCGACAUGAUCAUCUGCGCCAUCUGGACGACCGUAGUCACCCUCAUCCUCGGCGUGGGCUGCACGGGCAACAGCCCGCUGGCCCUGGAUGCCUCUGUGUGCGAGGCGACCAACUAUGCGCAGGAGGCCUCAUACGUGGUCUUCAACGGGGCGCACGUGCUCAUCCCCAUCAUCAUUCUCUGGGGUGUGCAUAUUCACGACAACCUGAAAUGGGCCGUCGUAGCUCUGUUUUCUGUUGGACUGCUUGCUGUCAUUGCUGCGGGCAUGAAACUUCACUAUUAUAUCAUCUGGUACCGUCCGACCCCCACCACGGACUUUGCCGCCAUCUCGCUCCAGACCAACAUCUGGGCAGUAACAGAGCACGGCCUGUCCCUAUUCGCAGCAUCCAUCCUCGCCAUCAAGCCCUUCUUCACAUACAUGUCCAAGUCCCUAUACGGUACCAUCCACGGCGGAGACAGCAGUCACAAGAACGACCUCUCGGGCCGCAGCAACUCGCUCGGCGCUGCCUCGAAACCCUUGGCCUGGCCCGACGCGGCUGAGUCGGCGGCGGAGAUGGGCGUGAUCGGGGUGCGUAACGAGGUGGAGGUACGCAGCAUUUAUGAUGUCGAGGGCGACCUACGAAAUCCAGCUUAUACUGUGGACGUGUACAAUGAAAGUACCAGGAGGCUAGUACUGGGCGGCGGCAAGGAGAAUAUGGAUGUAGGCGUCAGCCCUGCGUGA